UAAAUAUUUGGGUUUAGGGCUUUAGCAAAUAGCAUCUACCAUUUCCGGCGGCUUCCUCCCUCGCCAUUUUUUGAUUUGUUCCAGUUUGAAUUUCUCUACUUUAUAGGCGUGGGUUUACGCAAUUCUCAAUCUCACGUGCACACCCAUUAUUAGUAAAAAGUUUCAAUUCACUUAACGGGUUUUUGAAUUCAUGAAAUUCAAGUUUGGGUUUUUGCUUGAUAAUUCUCAGGCAGACUCCAAAGAAUGGCCAAGUAUAGAUCCUUUCCACACAAUCCACUUCAGCCAUUGUUCUUUUCCCGCAAAAUACCCUUCACUUCUUGCCCUUUACCUUUAGAAUCUCCUCCACAAUCUGCUACUGGAGCACUCCCAGAUGGCCCAAGAGUCAUGUGCUUUUCAGCAUUAGAGCAGCUAAUUCGAUGGGGAUUAGUGAAUUCCGCACAGAAGCUUGUUCAGAGAAUUAUAAAGCAUUCCUCAUCGGUCCAUGAAGCCGUUUCUGCUGUUGAUUUUGCAGUUUCUAGGGGAGUCGAGCUCGAUAUCAAGAGUUAUGAUUUUCUUAUCAGAAAACUUGCGACUUGUGGCAAAGCCAGGAUGGCAGAGGCAGUUUAUGUUGACUUCAUUUUGAGCAGAGGAGUUGAGCCGGAUCAUUAUUUAUUGAAUUCCAUGGUUCUUUGUUAUUCCAAGUUGGGUAAGUUGGAGGAAGCAAAGUCUCAAUUUGAUAGACUUGUUGCAAUGGAAAUUAUGCCUUGCAGUGCAGCGUGCAGUGAAAUUAUUAGUGAGUUUUGUGCACAAAACCGAGUCCUGGAGGGAUUUAAUGUGUUUCUUGAAGUUUGUGAUGCUGAAUUUGUACUGAACCUCCGAUGCUACAAUGGGUUGGUGGAUGGGUUGAGCUCAAGAGGGUACAUAGAUGAGGCACUUUGUGUGUAUGGAUUAAUGUGUGAUAAAGGAGUGCCACCCACUGUUCAUUUGCUCAAAAAAUUGGUUUUCAUGCUUUGUCGGAGUGAGCGGGUUGAGGAGGCUGAGUUGUUAAGUUUGAACAUGGAAUCUUUUGGUUUCUUUCUUGAUAAAGUCAUGUACACGGCUCUUAUCAAUGGGUAUUGCCUGAAACGAAGUAUGAGGAUGGCUAUGAGAUUGUUUUACAGAAUGCUGAAAAUGGGCUGCCAGCCAGAUAAUUAUACAUACAACACAUUGAUGCAUGGUUUUUUGAACUUAGGCAUGUUUGAAAAAAUUCCUGUGUUGCAUCACCAUAUGGAAGAGCUGGGGUUGAAGCUUAAUGUUGUGAGUUACCAAAUCAUGAUUAGCAAGUGUUGCAAGGUUUGUAAAGUUGAUUGUGCAUUGGCCCUGUUAAAUAGUAUGAUACAGUGCAAUUUAGCACCCACUGUAUACUGUUACACGCCUUUACUUGCUGCACUUUAUAAGGAAAAUCGAUUAGCAGAAGUUGAUCAAUUGUAUAAUCAGUUGUUUGAUCAUGGACUUCUUCCUGAUGAAGUUCUCUUCUUCACUGUAGUAAAAAACCAUGUAGAAGGACAUGAGAUUAAUCUGGCUCAUAAUUUUGUGGCAGAAAUUGCUAGAAAUGGGUGUGGCAUUGACCUCUCAGACAUCUGUAGCACCAGUAGUAAAUCUGCUGAUGACAUCAUGCUUGAGACUGAUCUUCUCCUGGAAGAAAUUUUUUCACGAAACUCAGGUUUAGCUUGUGUUGCUUUUAAUAUAUACAUGAUUGCACUGUGUUAUGGAGGCAGACUUGAGGCUGCUUUGCUAUGCAUGGAUAAAAUGUCAAAUCUUUCUCUUCAGCCUUCACUCCCAGCUUAUAACUCCAUGAUUAGGUGUCUUUACCAGAAAGGACGAGGAGAGGAUGCUAAAUCCCUUGUUAAAGUAAUGCAAGACCAAGGUCUAGUUCCAAGCAUGUUAACAUUCUUAAUAAUGGCGAAUGAGCAAUGUAAACAGGGUGACUUGCCAUCAGCUAUUGGGAUUUUGGAUAAACUAGAAGAUAGUGGAAUGAAGCCUAGUGUCGCUAUAUAUGACUCUAUAAUAGGGCAUUUGAUUAGAGAGAAGAGAAUACCGGAAGCAUUAGAAUUGUUUGCUAGAAUGCGUGAGGCUGGAACUCUCCCUGAUGAAACUAUGUUUGUAACAAUGAUUAAUGGUCUCUCAAAGAAUGGACAAGCAAUUGCAGCUCAUGAACUCUUUGAGAAAAUGUUGGAGUGUGGUAUUCGACCAGGCUACCGGGCUUACACCGCACUUAUAAAUGGGUUUGUUAAGAAAAACAUGAUAGCAAAGGGGUGCCUAUAUCUUGAUAGAAUGUUAAAAGAGGGAUUUAUGCCCAAUGCUGCUCUUUAUACUGCUCUGAUCAACCAAUUCUUAAGGAAGGGAGAAAUUGGAUUUGUGCUUCAGUUAGUUGAUUUGAUGGAGAGAAGUCAGAUUGAGCAAGAUAUGAUAACCCAUGUUGCAUUGGUUAGUGGUGUUUGCAGAAAUAUCCGAUACAUUAGUAGGAAACGGCAUGAAUCACAAAGACAAUUUGAGAAGGCAAAGUAUAUGCUUUACCAUCUACUCUGCCAGUAUACUAAUUUUUCAAAAGGGAAAGAUCUGAAUUUUUUUUUCAGUUCAAGGAAAGAACUAAAAGUUUUUGCACUGAAAUUGAUCAACAAAGUGAAUGAAACUAAUUUUCUUCCGAACUUAUACCUGCAUAAUGGCGUGAUUGCUGGAUAUUGUUGGGCAAAUAAUAUGCAAGGUGCGUAUCAUCAUCUUGAUAUGAUGAUAAGAAAAGGAUUGCUUCCCAAUCAUGUCACUUUUACUAUUCUCAUUGAUGGGCAUAUUCAGAAUGGUAAAAUUGAUCUUGCUGUUAAUCUUUUCAAUAAAAUGAAUGAACUUGGCUGUGUUCCUGAUAAUAUAGUAUACAACACAAUGAUAAGAGGCUUUUGUAAAGCUGGAAGACUUCUUGAUGCAUUAUCAGUCUCAAACACUAUGCUUAAGAAAGGGCUCUCCCCUUCUAAAGCAUCAUAUGAAAAUCUACUACAGUGUUUUUGUGCAAAUAAGCUGACAGUCCAUGCUCUCAAGAUUCUUGAAGAUAUGCUUGCCCAUGAAUAUAUCCCUUGCGGAUUUAAUCUUAACUGGUUGGUUUGCAUAUUAUGUGAAGAAAAGAAAUGCAAUGAAGCUUACAUUGUGCAAACUCUAAAGUCAAGGAGAAGAAUAUUAUCAAACAAAGUGUCAAAGGGACUCUUAGCUUUGCAACUGGGAUAUUGUUAAGCUAUUGACUACAAGUUUGUGCA